AGUAGCGUUUUAAAGGAAAACACUAGUUUCCGCGUCCGCGUUCUCGCACUCGGACGUAUUUAACCCGUGUAUACUUUUCGUUCAAUUUGUGGUAUAAAAUAUUAUAAUAACCGAUAAUCUUUGAAAACCAUGUACGUCAUUUAAAUACGGAGAAGUUUUUUACUGGUUGAAGAAAUAUGAUGCGUUUAGUUUGGCCAGUUUUGUUAUUAGUGCUGAUUUCAAUAACUGCAGAUGUCAACGCUAAGAAAUCACGGCAUCACAGGCUUCAGGAAAUCCACGAUGGUAGCACGCAGGUGCCGGUGACCGACGACGGUAUUCUGCCGUUGCCGACAGUCAAGCCAGGCGACGAGUAUGUGCAGGAAUCAGAAGAAGACGUGGAAGACGAUGGCGACGACGACGACGACGAUGAAGCCGACGAUGAUGACGGCGACGAAAGCGACGAAGAGGGCGAGGAGUCGGCCGAAGUACUGGAAAAGCAGAACCCGUGUCUCGUGCACUACUGCGGAAGGGGCGAGGAGUGUGCCGCCCUGGGCGGCGUUGCCCGGUGCAUAUGCGUGCGGAAAUGCGGUCCGGCCAAGCGCAGGGUGUGCGGAACAGACGGACGGCUGUACGACAACAGAUGUGAGCUGCACAAGUCCGGCUGUUUGUCCGGAGUCGACAUACAGAUAGACCACUCGUUGAAGUGUUUCAUACCUUCAGCGUCCAAGGCGAAGAAUGUUCGAAUCCUACCAAAAACCGCAGACAACGCCGUUGAACCGGAAACCAAAUCGAAAGAAACGAAAACGUGCGGUUCACCGCAAUACGAAAUUAUGAAGGAUAAUUUGUUGCUGAUAAAUCACGCCAAACUAAUGUAUCAGAAGAGUUGGAACGGCGGCAAGGAGUACAUGGUCAGCGCGUUGUUCCGCUACUUGGAUUUGGACGGCGACGGAUUUUUGCAACGAGAAGAAUUACAAAAGAUAACUAAACAGGAUAAGCUCGAUGAUAUAUCUGACGUUUGUGUCAUGUCGGACAUGAUUCGCUUUGAAGACAUGGAUAAAGAUGGACGUCUGGGUUUGAACGAAUUCUACGCAGCUUUCAGUAAACUAUACAGCUUGUCGGUGGUCACCCUGGAAAAAGCGCUCGAGAUCAAUAGGAUAUCCGCAAAGGUCGGCGACAACGUGGAAAUCCGCUGCGACGUGAGCGGCAAUCCGCCUCCUCCGAUCGUCUGGAAACGAUAUUCCGCCGACCUAACGACCCUCGGCGACGAGGACGUGAGGGUUUUCAGCGACGGGUCGCUGUACCUCACCAAGAUACAAUUGGUCCACGCUGGGAAUUACACGUGCAGAGCUCUGAGAAACUCGGAGGUGACCCAGACACACGUGUUGACCGUCCACACUCUGCCCGAAGUUAAAGUAACGCCCAGAAUCCAAUCGCGAAGACCGGGUGAAAAGACUUCCAUGUUUUGUCACGUAAUCGGAGAACCUUUUCCCGAGGUGGUCUGGCUGAAAAACGAAGAGCGUUUAAAGUUGGACUUGGUGCACAAGUACAGAGUGGUCGGCAACGGGACGGAACUGAGUAUUGAUAAUAUCGAUUACGCGGACACCGGAGCGUACAUGUGCCAGGCGUCCAACACCGGUGGGGUCACCAGAGACAUAUCGUCACUGAUCGUUCAAGAAAUUUUGACGCCUAGUGAGUUUGCCGCGCCGAAAGAAGAACGUCGGUUUUUCGCUUUUCACGACUGGGGAGUGUCUGUUUACGAGCCCACCGCUUGCCGGCUCUACCAUCAAAUCCAGUCCACGGACAUCAUCCCGGGAACUCAGGAAUACGUGUGCGGCGACAAAGGUGUCAACUGCAGCUGGGGCCAGGCCAUCAACGUGGCCAACCGUUACGUUUACGUGUCGCAGCCGCUUAAAGACAGAGUGUUGGUCAUCAGCAAGAUUCAGAUGGUCGUCGUCGACGUCGUGAUCACUGACAAAUAUCCAGUUGCUCUGCACUACGUGGCGCAUCUAGAUCAGGUGUGGGUGUUGAAUUGGAGGAGCGUGUACGACGACGGCGUGAAGACGAUUCAGGUGAUUAGAGAUGCGUCGCAAAAGCGAAAACACCACACCGUCCACCCAGAACCGAUAGACGGACAAUUCGAUUUGGUCAGAGAUUUGUUCAUGCCCACGGCACAGGACCUGAGCCACUGGUUCAAGUACGGUUACGUAAGCCACGCCAACCAAAGAGGACUUUACAAACUGGAUUUGGCCAACAUGCGGUACAUUAGAAGUAUAGACCUGUCGCCUUACAACUGCGUACCCCGUACCCUGCAAUUUUCGUCCUUGUACGGUUUUGUCAUCAUCGAAUGCGAAGAACCGGGAACCGGACACGCGACGGGUCAGGUAAUCUUAGAUUAUUUGACCGACACGGUGGUCAACAAAAAGGCCACGGUCAGAGGAAGUCCUUUGGUUUCGCCGGACAGCAGAGUCGUCGUGUCCAUCGACAAGGCCGCCGACGGUGUGACCUUGGUUGUCCAACAAGUUUUAGAAUCUGGCCUCAAAUUUUCAUUCGACGUCAAAACCACUCUAAUGAUCAGCGACAUAGCGUUCUAUCCUUCUCGGACCACACAUGGGUACGAUUUGUACGCCAGUGCCGCUGACAAAGAAGACAUACUGUUUCUGAAUCUAUCUAACGGUAAAGUGGAAAUGAUCACCGGCGUGGGCAAGGCCAUGCUCCAGUCGUUGACGCAAUGGGGUAACCCCAACCGCCCGAUAGCCGCGUCCGGUAUCUUCGGUCACUACAUGGUCACGCCGGCCGACGAAGCGCUGUUCGUGAUCAACGGCGAGACCCGGACCGUGAACUGCGAGAUCGGAGGUCUAAUCCAUCCCAGACUGGUCACGUGGGUCACCAUGCAGUUGCAGUGAACAGAAGAAGACAGAACUCAAAGUUGAAAUAAAAAAAAAAAAAUCGCGUUGUUAUUGAUUAUUAUUAUUAUUACUAUUGUUGAUGCCGACAUUAUCUCAUUCUUUCUUAUUUUCUCGCUAAUAACAAUAUCUUCAUCCCGUCGUGUUGCUUUUAAACAUUAUUAUUUUUCGUUUCGUUCGGUUUCGUUUGUCAUGACUUACAUAGGUACUUCACACACGUUAUAUAAUAGCGGAUUAGGCGUAUGCGUUAAGUUUAAGAUAAUAUUUAAUCGUAUAAUAUUAUAUCAUGUCAUAAAAUAAUAUCCAAUGGUGAUAAUAUUAAUAUGAUAUAAUAAUAAUAAUAUAGUAAUGUACCGAGCGCGGCGGCGGCCAUUUUUCACGUUAUUCGAACAUCGUCACAAUAAUAAUAAUAUGCAUAAUACAAUACGCUUAUUUUUUUCGUGGUUUUUCGUAAUAUUUAUCUAGCCGACGAGUCGACAAAGUUCGCAACUAGGUCGUUUUUUUUUUCAAACUAUAAUAAAAAACCGACGGGUUUCGUCGUUUCAUUCAUUUUCUGACUCCGAGCCAAAUAAUAAAUUAUUUUAUAUUAUUAUUACUACGUCGUCGUCGUCUCCGUCUUCAAGAUUGUCCAAAGCCCAGACGAUAAUACGCGCGUAUUGAUAAUGCGACUAUAAUAUAUAUUGAGAGUAUAUAUACAGAGCGGCGUGACGGUAAAAUUUCACCACCUACGCGCCAUUAACGGAUAAGGUUUUUUUUUUCUGUUCUCGGUCUGUACACCGGUGAUUGCUAUAAUAAUAUAUAUUCCUUUUUUGACUAGCCAUAUAUCCCUCUAAACGGUGCAGUUCGCGAGGCGACGUUUUAAAAAUCAAAAUAUAAUAUAAUACCUACCUGCGUAGAAACCAUCGAAAAGUGACGUUUCAGAUCGACGGCCAACGCUUUAGUACAUAUUAUAAAAUUUUAUAGAUAAUAAUAAUAAUAAUAAUAUUAUAUUUUCGUUUAGCGUGUAUUAUAUCUACGUAUGAUAUCAGUAAGUACUUCGCGUGUGGAUUUAUAAUACCUAACAUUAAACAUUUCAAACAAGGACACUUUUUUUUUUUUUACAUAGACAAUUGUCCGAUUAAAAUCUAUUGAAUAACGACAUAAAAUAUCAAACGUAAUACUAUUAUACAGACGUUGUGACGACGGCGCAAUACUCUCAUAUUAGCUAUAUUUGUAAAAUAUAUAUCAUCUCGGGCGGGUGCGGCAGCAUAAUGCGAAAUAUUGAAAAUAUACGUUUAUAGCACGGACGAAAUGAAAAUAAAUUUGAAAUUUUCUUUAAAUCUGUGGUUAUAGUGUGGACGGUACGCGUCGUCGUGCAGUGCGUCUGUGUGCACAAGAUUAUCCGUCCGAUUUUUGUAGUUUCUUUUCGAUCCGUUUGCCGCUGCGAUCCGCCUCGAGAAAUAAAUUAUCGUCGCGUCGAAAAUCGACGUCUGACAAAAAAAACAAAAAAAAAACAAAAAAAAA